AUGUAUCGUUAUAUCGUCGGGUUCAUCUCAGUUCCCUGUGCGCUGGCUCCCAUCUAUUUGUCUGCGGAUGUGAGCAGCGAUAACAGCGUGCCCUUCUAUUUCUUUCUCCGCAGCUAUGCUAUCGGCUUUUUUAUGGCAAUGUUCUGUACAUAUGUGUUCCCUCUCUACCACUGCCCCUCAAAUCCCCUCCUUAGCCAUAUGGUCAGUCGCCGCAAAGCCAUGAACAAAAAAUAUCAGAUUGAGGGAAAAAGCGCCGAUCUCGCCUAUGGCAUGGAGAACCUGUGGUUUAACGCGGAUCUGGAGCACCAGACGCUAUGGGUUAACCUAGGCUAUUGGGAGAAAGCCACUCAUUCGUCACGUGCGUGCGAAGCGCUCUUUCGCAAACUGUUGGAUGAGUCUGGGAUCACGAGACAGAAAGAGGUUUCGAUCGUCGAAGUCGGCUGUGGUUGUGCUGAGACUGCCCAGGUGCUACUAAAGGAUUAUACGGACCUGUGUCGCACAUGGAUCGGUCUGACAAUCAGCCCAAUGCAGGUUCGCAUGGCAGACUCCAGACUGCAAAAGGCCCAGAAAGCUGCUGCUCUCAACUGCGACUCCGAGUACCGUAUCUUCCAUGCUGACGCUGCCAGGCCUGAAACCUGGAGCGAAGACAUCCACCGGAGUGUGAAAUCGCUGAAGAAUCCUUGGCUGGUUGCCGUGGAUACUUUGGUGGAUUUUCGGCCAUCGAGAAAGGCGAUUCUACAAUACGCUAGAAACGAGAUACAUGCAUCCGUCGCGAUCACCGACCAUCUUGUCGUGGAAAAUAUAUCCAUGUUGGAUCGGAUGAAGUUAUGGGUUUCAUUCCGUCUACUUGAUACACCGCUCCGCCAUGUACUCUCCCGCCAGCAGUACAUUGGCUUACUCGUGGAGUGCGGUUACGAGGCCGAGAAAAUCUCCUUUGUUCCAUACACUGAGCACGUCUACGCUCCUUACAACCAGUUUAUUAAUCAGCAAGGACAAAGGUGGCAGGAAAUGGGGGGAAGUAAAUGGGAUUAUAUGGACUUUUCGCUGGCUGGCUGGGUGGCCGGGUGGUGGGCACGCUCUGGACUAGUAGAGGCAUGUAUGAUAAUUGCACGAGCGUAA